AGCGAGGGAGGGAGCGAGGGAAGGGAAAGGCGAGCGUGAGCUGCCUCAAAUGCUUGGAAUAAUUCCGCUUCCGUUUGGAAAGCCGCAGCCUCAGCCCGCGGCCGCCGCCGCCGCCCGCCGCGUCCGCCCAGCGCCAGCUCCGCGUCCCGACCGGCCCGCGGCUGCCUGAGCCGCGCCAUGGCCACCUCCCCGCAGAAGUCGCCUUCUGUCCCCAAGUCCCCCACUCCUAAGUCGCCCCCGUCCCGCAAGAAAGAUGAUUCCUUCUUGGGGAAACUCGGAGGGACCCUGGCCCGGAGGAAGAAAGCUAAGGAGGUGUCCGAGCUGCAGGAGGAGGGAAUGAAUGCCAUUAACCUGCCCCUCAGCCCAAUUCCCUUCGAGCUGGACCCCGAGGACACAAUGCUGGAGGAGAAUGAGGUGCGAACAAUGGUGGAUCCAAACUCACGCAGUGACCCCAAGCUUCAAGAACUGAUGAAGGUAUUAAUUGACUGGAUUAAUGAUGUGUUGGUUGGAGAAAGAAUCAUUGUGAAAGACCUGGCUGAAGAUUUAUAUGAUGGACAAGUCCUGCAGAAGCUUUUCGAGAAACUGGAGAGCGAGAAGCUAAAUGUGGCUGAGGUCACCCAGUCAGAGAUUGCUCAGAAGCAAAAACUGCAGACUGUCCUGGAGAAGAUCAAUGAAACCCUGAAACUUCCUCCCAGAAGCAUCAAGUGGAAUGUGGAUUCUGUUCAUGCCAAGAGCCUGGUGGCCAUCUUACACCUGCUCGUUGCUCUGUCUCAGUAUUUCCGGGCACCAAUUCGACUCCCAGAUCAUGUUUCCAUCCAAGUGGUUGUGGUCCAGAAACGAGAAGGAAUCCUCCAGUCUCGGCAAAUCCAAGAGGAAAUAACUGGUAACACAGAGGCUCUUUCCGGGAGGCAUGAACGUGAUGCCUUUGACACCUUGUUCGACCACGCCCCAGACAAGCUGAAUGUGGUGAAAAAGACACUCAUCACUUUCGUGAACAAGCACCUGAAUAAACUGAACCUGGAGGUCACAGAACUGGAAACCCAGUUUGCAGAUGGGGUGUACCUGGUGCUGCUCAUGGGGCUCCUGGAGGGCUACUUUGUGCCCCUGCACAGCUUCUUCCUGACCCCAGACAGCUUUGAACAGAAGGUCUUGAAUGUCUCCUUUGCCUUUGAACUCAUGCAAGACGGAGGGUUGGAAAAGCCAAAACCGCGACCAGAAGACAUAGUCAACUGUGACCUGAAAUCUACACUACGAGUGUUGUACAACCUCUUCACCAAGUACCGCAACGUGGAGUGAGGGGCUGCCCUGGGCCCCCCACUGUCCAGGAGCUCUUGCUGUUGGUGUACUGGAGCCUCCUCCGAACUGCCUUACCCUGCUUGUUCCUGUCUCUUGCACUGUGCUCUCCCACAAGUCCAGCUGCAACCCAGAGAUAGUAGAAAUUGAAAUUAGGAAGGAAAUGAUCAAUAACUCAGUGGGCUGACCCAUCCCUCCCAGGCCCUAGGGACAACCUAGCAAUGAAGGUUCGGAAGGUUGUUCCCAUCCCGGUGCCAGGUCCACAUUUCCCUCUAUGAUUUGGGAACCAGCUUAGGCAAAAGAGUCCCCAGAAAUGAAAAUAAAGAUCCUAGUUACCUUUCCAAGGGUGCUAACUAUGUGUCAGGCAUCACACUCAGUGCUCUGCUCUGAUAUACUCAAGGCCAUUAAUCUUCAGGAUUCCCAUGGAAGUAGGUGUUAUAAUCCCCUUUUACAGAUGAGGAAACUAAGGCUCGGAGGUUAAAUGACUUGCCAGAAGUUGGCAUUUUUUUCCUCUUUGAACAUCACCUCUCCCUUCUCCCUAAAGGUAACCACUAUUCUGAGCCCAGUCAUCAAGGUUUUGCUUUUUUUGUUUUUGCUUUUCUUUAUAAUUUUAUUACCUAAGUAUUCAUUCCUCAAUAGUAGACAGUACAUGUUUAUAACAAGCCAAUUGCAUAUGUUCUUUGCAUGUUCUAAAGUUGUGUAUAUGUGGGCACAUACGAGCACGUGCACAUGUACACCUGAGCCAAAAAGACGAGAACCCACCGAUCUCACCACUGGGGCAAGCUAGGUCAGAGCUUAGUGAUUCACACUGAAAUUGGCAAAUUGGAUUUAACCCAAUUAAUAGUGUGUGUGUGUGGCAGGAGUCAUGUCCCUCAAAUCCUUUGUACAAAUGAAAAUUACUCUUAAUUCCAUCAGAUUUAUAAUAACUCUGUACUUUGGUUUCAGGGUGACAUUUGGGAAGGAUUCUGUUUAGAAUUAAUGGAGUGGCACAUUUUGCAGCCUUUUUGCUUGAUUGCAUGUAAUGGAAAUGCCCUAUAUUUUCCUGCAAAAUAAGUACUAAAUUCAUUAUCGUUAAGCAAAUGUACAAUAUGCUCAGGCACCGCAGAGAGCUGGGCAUGGGCCCAUGUGAGCAUCGCUUUGGAAGUAGGGCUCUUCAACAGGGACCCUUGAACUUUAAAGAAAGGAACUUCUUUUUGCCUUCUAAUUGAUUAUUUGGACUAUUCUGGCUAAGUCUGCCCACAUGUAAUUACUGGCUAAUUUAGGCGAGGAAAAAUGUAAGUCAUUUAGACCAAAGCUAAGCAGUUUCUUUGCGCGGAUUACUCAAGGGCUUGUGGUUACUUGUAUCUCCUCUAUGUGAACUUGACUUUGAAAGACAGAGCUCUAGUGUGCCAGCCUGCUAAGUCCUGUAAGAAUAGGAAAGGGGCAGAGGCAGGUAGGCAGUGACUAGGGUACGAGAAGCAUGGGAAAAUAUUUGCACUCUAAACAUAUAGAGAUAGAGGUGGGACUUGUGGUACUCAACACUUAUAGCCUUCAAUUGACUGAGGGUGGGCUAAAUCAUCAAUUGUGCUGAUAUUACAUCUCAUUAUGGAAUGUUCCUAAAUAUGCCAGGUAGACACCAGCCCAAGUGCCCUCCUCCAGAAGUCUGUGACUACCUUGUUACUACUUUAGGCCCACUCCAGAAAGCACAUCUCUGGUUUGAGAAAUUCAUUUUGAUCUGUAUUUACACCACUCCAAGUUAGGCGUCCUAUAGUGUCCAAAACAUUCCUUUCAGCCUUAUUUCUUACUGUACUGUCUAUCUGCAGUAAUUCAGGACCCAUAAAAUUUAGAUAACUACAUGUCUUUGCUCUUAGAAUUGUCACUCAGCAUAAUGAGCAUUUAACAUACAAAGGCAAUGUACUGUUUUGUGUUGAUCUAUGUAAUAGAAUACAAUUCUUUUAUAUGUAAUUAAUGAAAUUUUAUUUUUUAUUAGGAAACACUAAAUAGUGUAAUAUUUCUUUCGCUUUUUAAAAAAUUCCUGGUAGCAAAUCAAGAUAAAUAAUUGCUUAAUUUUCUUGAGCAAUACUGAAGCAGGAUGAAAUAAGAGGAAUGCAUUCAUUUAAACAUGCUUCGCUUUAUGAAUUUUGUCUCUUUUUUGGUCUUUUUUUCUUAUAUUCAAGUUACAAACGUACAAGUGUCCUUACUAAGAGUGCUCCUUUUGUAUUUCACAUAUACACAGUAUGAAAAUACAUUGGAACACUAGGAAAGUUUUUAAAUAACAGUUCUAAUUUGUCAGAAAAUUGUGUUUUGGGAUUGAGUUCUUUGACUCAGCCCAGAAUCCCAGGUCCUGGGCCUGGUUUUCUAACGCGGUCAUCUCAUCUCGAUAUUUUACUUUAGAAUCUGGAAUCUCCUCCUUAAUAUAUGACCAUGACUUUGAAAGGCAAAAGAGGAAUCAACAAGAAAUAAAACAAACCUUCAUCUUUAAAUAAAAAGAAAAAAGAAAGAAACCAAAAUGAGAAUCAACACUUUAUAGGCUCACUGAGUUUUGUUUUCUCUUAAUUUAAAUUCAGUUAUUUUUAAUGGUUAAUACAUAAAUGGUGCGAAAUUUAAAAAGCGCAAAUAGGUACCUAGUGGAAAACCCAAGCCUCCCUCUCUCCUCCAGCACCCAUUACCUCUCCCUGGAGGCAACUCUUUUGAUCCAUUUCUUACGCACACUGCCAGAGAUACUCUAGGUAUGUAAAGCACAAACAUACAUAUAAAAUCUGCGGGCUUUUGAAAAUAUAAGUAGGAUGUCAUACAUACUAUCAUACACAUUGUUUUUUACCACUUAAUGUUAUAUCUUGGAUAUUGUAUUACCCUGGAUAUUAAAAAGAACUCCUUUCACAUUUUAAAAUAACAGUCUGAGCACUUCAUAAAUCCAAAUGCAUAUCUCCAGUCUGCUUGAGCUAGGAAAGGAAAAAAGCCCGAGCCGAAGGAGGAAAGGCUGCCUAGACAAUGAUUUCAAAAGUAGAGACUAAAACCUAUGGGGUGCGGGACCAGAGGCUGGGGCGCAUUAUCAGAGGCAUCCUCAUGUGCCUUCAGCUGAACGUUUUUAAGUCCUCUUUUGGAACAUUAUGGUGAAUUCUAUGCAGAUUAGGGAAGGCUUCAUUUUUACAUAUUACCAGAACUACCAACUUGUAAUCCACUAAGCAUCACAAAGGUUACUACAUACCCUGUAAUACUGUGCUAUAAAGUCUAGCUGCCAGCAAUGCAGUGCUUGCCUGCUAUAUUAGAAGGUUCCAGUUUCACAUGUGCAGCACAGAGAUGACAUUUCCUGAUCUGGGAGAAGGUUUCUUUAUCAGCACAUCAUCAGUGUUGCCUUGAGUUGGUUGCAAUUUUCAAUUGCUGCUAUUGGUACUUUUUAAUUAUGAAUUGCUGUUAGCUUGCAUUAUCAUCAGUUUAUUUUGUUGUGGGUUGCUUGGUUAACCCUACAGAGUAUACUUGAAGCUUAUUUGCAUCAACAGUAUUCUGGAGCUGUAAUUUUUCAAUAACUAGACUCUAAGACAUGUAUACAUUGUGGUUCAAAUAGGAAUCAUCCAUAGUCCAGUGCUAGAACAAAUGGAUACAUAAUCCACUCCCCACAAAUUAUCACUCAUUUAUUUUUCCACUGGAAGAUAAGACUAGAUGGAGUCGGUGGGUGAAGGAAGCAGUUUUGCCCUGCCUAAGUGGAGGCUGAUCAAAACUAAUUUGAGGUCCCCUGCCUUUAACACAGCUCCACCUUAGGAAUCUUACCUUUAUAAUACAUCCUAGAUAUGCAAGAGGGAUAUGUCCUGAAAUCUUCACUAACUCCAAGAUGGCAUGUCAUUUCCCCCCCCAAAAAAAUUUGUUUAACUCUAUUAGAAAAUCCAAGAGAACUGCUGCAACUGCUGAAAACAAGAGAGCUGCAGAGCUGCAAGGCUGGGUAGGGUAGGUAGACUGACUCACCACCUAUGGGACCUGCCUUCACACAUCAGCCUCCCAAAUACUUGCAGAUUCGAGUCUUACCAAAAGACGUCAGUAUGAGUUACUCACAAUCAUAACUACAAAGGCUAUAUUUACAAAUACCAGAGUUGCAUUUGUUUUUUACUCUCUGCUGCCUGAAAACUAUAACCCCAGGCUAGCUCCAAACUGUGCUUAUAGCAUGUUUACUACAGCGGUGGCUGCAUAUGUGAAUAUGUGCAUGUGUGUCCCAGUAGGAUCCUGCCAGAAAGCAUCUCUUAAAAAUAAAUUCUACAGGAUAUUAGUAAAUGUUAGAUAAAAAAAAAAAAAAAAGUCACAUUUAAAUAUCUUUAGGAAACAUGAGGUGAAGAAAGUUGGCUUACUGAGGCUUUUUGUUUUCUAGGUGGAGCCUACCUCAGAGUCCCCUACGUAAUGCAUAUUAGGACUCUGUGAGGGAAGAUGGGAUACAAUGGCUCCCAAUCUUGUUUGGUCACAGGACCUGUCUGUCCCCUGAGAAAUUUCUAGGAUGAGUACUCUGAACUCAGGCCUUCAUUUAGUCAUGUAUUCGGCAAGUGCGUGUUGAGUGCAGCAUGUCAAAGGGUAAGUGAGAGCUUAUAGUCUAGCAGGGGAGACAGAUGAAAAAUAACUCUGAAUCGAUGUUAGUUACAAAUUGUGACGACCGCGAUAGAGAAGUACUAAAAUCUGUGAAAGAGGUCUCAUGGAGAUUUGAGGUCAUGAGGAGUCUCUGGCAAAGCGACGUUUUAAAGUAACCCCUCAGUCAUGGAGCUACUCCAGUGAGGAGCCUGCCACUCCAGGGCGCAGCACGGAGGAGGAUCCCCAGACAAGAAGACCUGGCUCCCAGAGGAGCUGCAGAAAGCCAGCAUGACUAGAGGACACAGAGUGAGGGAGAAGAAGGAUCCGAUCGCAGGCAUCGGGAGUGCUGAUUUUUCUCAUUUGAAAACUAGGUUGCCAUUUACCUAUUAAAAUGUCCCACUGUGUAGGAAAACUCUGGGGAAAGCUACGUCAGUAAUAGGGAGUCUGGGACUGCCCUUCUCAUGUCAUACCAUGGUUCUGGCUGGGGAACGGAGGAGACCAGGAGAGAUGAUCAAACCUCUGCCCACCCCAACACCAAUCUGGUCUCAGCAACCUCUGGGCAUCCCAUAGCUCCUCCUAACCUGCUGCUGCUGAUGGACAGGAGCUCCUGGACUACUCCCAGCCUCUCCACAAUGUGUCCUGAGAAGAGCUAGGGGAACUGGACAGAGUGGACAAGGCUGCAUGUGUGGAGGGAAGGAAAUAAGGGGCCUACCAGGCCAGAACACUGAUCCAUGGAGACCAGCACUUCCAGCCCUCUCACCUCAGAGGAGGACUCCUGUUUUACCAAUGGCAGGAGCAGGAAUCCCACCAUCCAGCCUGUGGGCUUGACAAACUAUAAGCAAGCUUCCUGGAUGUGGAAUAAUACAUUUUCCAAAUUCAUACUAUUCAGCAUGAACUAUACCUGCUACUAUGCCCACCACAUUAUAUACAGUCUACCAAAAGGGGGUCACUUAAUGUUUCACAAUGUUUGGUGAAACAACUUUCAUAUGAAAGUACAGUUAUCCUUGAAUGAUAUGGGCACCGAUCCCUGAGCAGCUGAAAAUUUGCAUAUAACUUGACUCCCCCAAAACGUAACUAUAAUACUAAUAGCCUUACUGAACACAGUCAAUUAACACAUAUCUUGUAUGUUAUGUGCAUCGUAUACUAUAGCCUUACCAUAAAGUAAGCUAGAGAAAAAAUGUUACUAAGAAAAACAUAAGCAAGAGAAAAUAUAUUUACUAUUCAUUAAGGGAAAGCAGGUCAUCAUAAAGGUCCUCAUCCUCAAGGUCAUCACAUUGAGUAGGCUGAGGAGGAGGCUGAGGAGGAGGAGGAGGAGGAUGGGUUGGUCUUGCUGUCUGAGGGGUGGUAGAUGCAGAAAAAAAAUCCAUGGGCUGGGCAUGGUGCCUCUCACCUGUAAUCCCAGCACUUUGAGAGGCUGAGACGGGCGGAUCAUGAGGUCAGGAGAUGGAGACUAUCCUGGCUCAUAUGGUGAAACCCCGUCUCUACUAAAAAUACAAAAAAUUAGCCAGGCGUAGUGCUGCGUGCCUGUAAUCCCAGCUACUCAGGAGGCUGAGGCAGGAGAAUCGCUUGAACCCGGGAGGUGGAGGUUGCAGUGAGCUGAGAUCGCAUCACUGCACUCCAGCCUGGGCAACAGAUCAAGACUCCAUCUCAAAAAAACAAAACAAAAUCCAAGAACAAGUGGACCCACUCAGUUCAAAUCUUUGUUGUUCAAGGGUCAACUGUAUAUUAUUUUCACUGGAAGUUUUGAAAUUCCAGAAAUAUGCUUGGAAAUCCCCUCUUGAAAGCUCCUUGAUUGGAAACCAGUCCAGUGGGUGGCUGGCCCAGAAUGAUGCUUCUCCUCAGUGGCCCCCCCUGAGCUGAGCAGCCUGUGUUCCUGCCUCAACUCCCCUGAACCCUCCUGAACUUUCUACACACAUGUGGGCACUGGCUUUGAUACUGGCAUUUGGAAGCGCACUUAGGAAAUUCAGAGAAGUACCCAUUAUUAAGAUAAAUGAUGUUUUAUCAAUGAAGCAGACUUUUCAUUUCUUUUUAUUGAUCUUCAUGUUUUCACAUCUUCAGAUGCAAUUUGUUAGCACAGGCCGGCAUUCCAAGACACACAAAUGUCAUUAAGGCAACCGCUUAAAGGAGUGUGAUAUUUUAUUGAGGUAGACAGGACAAUAGAUAAAUAUUUAAUCUGUUACAUGUUUGCUCUGUAUGGAGCCAGGGUUGGGGCUGCACAACUCUCUGGCUGCUAUGUGUCUUCCUGGAAACCCUGUCAAAGGCCUCACCGCCUGCCUGCAGAAACACAGUGCCUACCCUUGGCAAAUAUAUGUUGGUGUUUCUGAAAAACAGCACCUGGAAGCUUUUUCUCAUUCAGGCUUUAGAGGUUACCCAGUCUUUCCUUAUGUGUGUAAUAUUGGAGAAUAUACACUCUCACUGAACUGAGGAUGUUUGACUUAAAAUGAUGGACAAUAAGAUAGUGAGCAGUAAGUGUGCUCUAGGCUAGGGUACAAGAGGCCAUGAGCCCCUCAUCUCUGUUCUGAACUCUGAUCCACUGCACUUGGGGACAAGGGUUGCAUUCUCUGUGCCUCUCCUGAGUCUGUACUUUCUGCAUCAUUGACUCUCCCAGCUCACUCCCAUAAUGUCCUCCUAGCCUGCACUGGAAUUGCGUGUUGUCCAGACCCAUGACCAAGGCUGUCAUUGCCUGUGGGAGAGACCAAGUUCACCACCAAGGGCUUUUGCCACGUUGCUUUCACUUACAAAAUUUGCCCAUUCAUGUGUCUUUGUUUACAGAUUAAAAGGCUUUCUGACCGGCA